AGACAUGGAAACGUCUUAAGUGAACCAUGCACGGUCAAAUUUAUUUGCAGAUAUGAUGUUGUUCAUCUGUGUUAAUAUUGUCAAGAAAUGUGUAGUAAGGAAGAUAUCUUGGCUUUAAUGAUAAUUUCUGAAGUGUGUGAUGAAGACGAUAUAGAAAGUAAAACGCGUAAGCCAAGAACAUGGGUGAAAAAAUGGCUUUUGGAGAAGGAAACCUUUUCAAGUUGGAGAUUGUUGCCUCACCUUAUAGGAAGUGAACCGGUAGAUUAUAAAAAUUACUUCAGAAUAACGUUUGAUGAACUUCUCUACAAAGUUGGACCUUUUAUAACGAAACAGAAUACUUUAAUGAGGGAAGCUAUUUCGGCAGAAACAAGAAAAUUACUCUCCGAUUCCUAGCAAAGGGAAAUGAUUUUGAAGACUUGAAGUUUAUUUACGCAGUUUCUCCACAAGCUAUAGGAAAAAUUGUCAUUGAAGCAUGUAUUGAAAUAUUGUAUUAUGGAUACACCACAGUCAGUAAAUGUAACCGGAAGCAGCGGUUCAUCGCAAGAUGGGCUUAACAUGGUACCUCUUAGGUCAUCACAAGCCAGAAAUUCAACUGAAGGAAAAACAAGAUGCGAUGGCUAGUGGAGUGAAGAAUCUCGCUCAGUCGGCUGAACAUUUGAAAAGCGUCGGAGCUGGGGAACGCGAGGAAGAUGAUACAGAGUGGCAGGAGGGCUUGAGAGAUAUCGAGUGCGAAAUGGGUUCCGAAUUGCCAUCUUGUGGAAAAUCGUAG